AUGGGCAGAUCACGGACUGCCACGCUCCCAAUCAUCCCGCUUGCGAGGGCAUCCGUCCUGCUUCCUGGCCUGAUCCAGCGCAUCUCCGUCAACUCGAGCCGACCGGAUAUCCCGGCGCUCCUUGCACACGUCUACGAACAAGCCGCGGCGAGAGGCCCUGACGGCCGCAUCGACGCCAUACCCAUCGCCUGCGUCCCCCUGUCGUCACCUUUCGUGGGCCCUGCUGGCCAACUGCUCAUCAACAAUGGGGAGGAGAUUGAUGCAUCGCAGCUUGACGAGGUGAAUCCCGGAAACGCCAACAAGUCCGAUAUAUUCGGCUUCGGCGUUGCCGCCAAGAUCAUCGGCAUCGAUGGUCGCGGCGCAGGCGAGUUCGCUCUUCGGGUAGAGGGCACGUCGCGAGUCCGGGUAGACAACGUCGUGCGCGACCGGCCCUUUUUCCAGGGCAGGGUGACGUACUACAGCGAUGAAAUUGACGUUGCUGAUAAGCAACUCCAAGACCUCUUCGGGCUCUUGAAAGCCCAAUCUCGGGAACUCGUCACGAUCCUGCGCAUUUCCUCGCUUCUGCCUCGCACCAAAGGCGGGCCGACUUUGUCUCCCGGUGUUACGAAGCGACUCGAGCUGCUCAUCAUGAGAAGGGAGAUCAAGGAGGCCGGCCUCCUGGCUGAUUUCAUGUCCAACCUUGUCGAAGCAUCCCAUGAGGAGAAACUCGGGGUCCUCGCGUCGCUAGAUGUCAAGGUCAGAAUUACCAAGGUGCUGGAGCUGCUGGAACGACAAGUUGGGGGCAUAAAGAACAACUUCAAGAUCACGACGUUUACGUCCGUUCCCGUGAAAAUCAUUGACGGGCUCAACGACAACCCAAGCAAGCGCAACGGUGUUGGGCUACCGAUCCCAGGAAUGAACUUUUUGCCGCUGUCGGGUCAAAUGCCGGCCGGCAACGAUCAAGGCGACGAGCAAGAGGCGGGAGAGAUGGAUGAGCUCAAGAAGAAGCUGCAAAGGGCCCAACUGCCGCCCGACGUCGCCAAGGCAGUGGACAGAGAGCUCAGGAGACUUCAGAAGAUGAUGCCCAUGAACCAGGAAUACCAGGUCACCCGGAACUGGCUGGAAACGCUGUCCGAGAUCCCAUGGUCGGCCAUGACCGAGGACAGGCUGGGACCGGAUACCUUGACAAAGGCACGCAAACAACUCGAUGACGAUCACUACGGCCUCGACAAGGUGAAGAAACGAUUAAUCGAGUACCUCGCCGUUCUUCGCCUGAAGCAAUCCCUGAACGACGACGUGGAGGAGCAGAUUCGAAAGGCAGAGGCGGAAAGCAGCGCCGCCGCGGCCCAUGCCGUCGACAACGGCAACAAUGGGCAACCGCCAGCAGAUGACGCGGCAAGCAGCCCGGAACACGGCGCGAAAGUGCAGAUGCUCCAGUCCAAGAUGAUGGCGGUGGGCAAGUCGCCCAUCAUGCUUCUCAUCGGACCGCCCGGCGUUGGCAAGACCAGCUUGGCAAAGUCGAUAGCGACGGCCCUGGGCCGCAAGUUUCACCGCAUCUCCCUCGGAGGCGUCAGGGACGAGGCGGAAAUUCGGGGCCACCGCAGGACGUACGUCGCCGCCAUGCCCGGACUCAUCGUGCAAGGCUUGCGAAAGGUGGGCGUCGCCAACCCGGUCUUCCUGCUCGACGAGAUGGACAAGAUUGGCAUGGCAAGCGUGCACGGGGACCCCUCGGCGGCAAUGCUCGAGGUGCUGGACCCGGAGCAGAACCACACGUUCCAGGACCACUACGUGGGCAUGCCGAUAGACCUCUCGAGGAUUCUCUUCAUCGCCACCGCCAACAACCUGGACACCAUCCCGGCGCCUCUUCUGGAUCGAAUGGAGAUGAUCCAUCUGCCGGGCUACACCACGCUGGAGAAGCGACACAUUGCCAUGCAGCAUCUCGUGCCGAAGCAAAUCCGAGCCAACGGGCUGGCCGAAGCGCAAGUCACCUUCAACCAGGAUGUCGUGGGCAAGAUUAUCGAAUCGUACACCCGUGAGUCGGGGGUCCGCAACCUGGAACGGGAGAUUGGCUCCGUGUGCCGGGCCAAGGCGGUCGAGUUUGCCGAGGCCAGAGACGGGGGACGCGUCGAAAGCUACAGGUCCGUCCUGACGGUGGACGACGUGGAAAGCAUCCUCGGCAUCGAGAAGUUUGAGGAAGAGAUUGCCGAGAAGAGCAGCCGGCCGGGCAUCGUCACCGGCUUGGUGGCGUACAGCAUGGGCGGCAACGGCAGCAUCCUGUUCAUCGAGGUGGCAGACAUGCCGGGCAACGGCAGGGUUCAGCUGACGGGCAAGCUGGGCGACGUGCUCAAGGAGAGCGUCGAGGUCGCUCUGACCUGGGUCAAGGCGCACGCUUACGAGCUGGGGCUUACGGCCGAGCCCACGACAGACAUAAUGAAGGAUCGCAGCAUCCACGUGCACUGCCCUUCGGGGGCCGUACCCAAGGACGGGCCCAGCAGCGGCAUUGGGCAGGCCAUUGCUCUGAUUUCGCUGUUUUCCGGCAAGCCCGUGCCGCCAACCAUGGCCAUGACGGGCGAAAUUUCCCUUCGUGGCCGAGUGACCGCCGUUGGUGGCAUCACAGAGAAGCUGAUUGGGGCUCUUCGUGCCGGCGUCAAGACCGUCUUGCUUCCCGCGCAGAAUCGCAAGGAUGUCAAGGAUCUGCCGCAAGAGGUGAAGGACGGCCUGCAGAUUAUUCAUGUCAGUCACAUAUGGGAGGCUAUCAGGAUAGUCUGGCCCGACUCGCACUGGGCGGCAGACGGUAACUUUUCGGGCCUAGAAAGCCGCCUGUAA